GUAGCUACAAAGGCAGUUCAGCAUACAAAACAAGCCGAGGAAACAUCAACCUUUUCAGAUGAUGACUCUAAUUCCGAUCCUAAGGCUAGUGAAUCAUCAAAAAAGGCACAGAAGAGCAUAGGUUAUGCUGAAGAUGAAGGUAUUGUACGGUAGCAUAAAUAAUUAAGAAGUUCCAAGAAGACAAUUUAUUAGCAUUUAUAGUUUACAUGAUAUAAUUAGAAUAUCCAAUUCUAACUACUUAUUAACCGAGCACAAGAUCUGUACCGGAAAGUAUUUGCCUGAGGUUUUUGUACAGACCUAGGAGCAAGUAGUAGGAGCGAGGUCUGUGCAAAUAAUUUCCCAUACAGCCCGAGCAAACAAGGUUAAUAAGGAGUUUAUUAUAUGGCUCAUUGACAUCAUUUUCAUAUUUGUUUGAGGGCUACAUUUUGCUCACUACGUUCUCCAUUUAAAUUUGGUUUUUACCGAAAUAUUGUUCAUGAAAACGUACGUUUAACACUAGUUUUUCAGUGAAAACAGGAAAAAAAUUGCUUAUAAUACCAAUUUCUUUUUUAAAAAGUCUUAAAAUGUCAAAAUGAUUUAUGAAAAACUUUUUAUUUUCCUAUCUAACUCAUUAAAAUCGAGUGACCGCAUGAUAAAUCCAGGAGUUUCACCUCUAUAUGUAUGUUUACUCUGUGGUAUACUUCCUCUACUAGGGAACCAAUCAGAUUGCAGCAUUGUGACUGGGUUUGAUUUAGAAGAAAUUGGACUUUCUCGUUCCUGUACAGUAACCUUGAUAGUGAUUUAAAGUAUUAUACAAUAGGAAAUACUGUGCAUAAUAUUACUCAUAUGUUGAAAUGUAUUACUCUUUGUAUUUUAUAAUUGUGUGACAAAAACACCAUCACAGUUGCAACAUGCUGUUACCCCUCGUAAAAAAACAAGUAAACUUAUAAAUAGGAAACAACAUCCUGCCAGCAGUGUAUUUCUACCACUUGCGCCAGUCUUUGCCACAACCAUCAAUGCAACAUUGAGGCCUUCAGUUAGUUUUAGUGGUAUGUAUUAUUUGUAAUGUAUUACACAAGAUUUUUAUUUAAUACCUUAAUCUCACAAUUUGUUUACAUAAUUUCUAGGUCAUGCAAGCAGACCUUUUAUACCUGAACAAUUACCCACCUCCAGUCCUUUCACAGCCAUCAUGCAGCCAAAGUCCCAGGUUCAUAACGUUGGAACUAAUUGGUGACUCUUUAAUUAAGGGCCUUGGACAGAUCUCCAAAUGAUUUGGCAAUUAAUGAAGGUAAUGUAUAUUAUCUGAGUAAUCUGACUAUUUGUAAUGUUGACCGAGUGUUGCAAUCUGUGUUUAUCCUCAUUUAAUGCAUAUUUUCAUUGUUUUGAACAGGUUCUUAUUUUUAAUAAGCGACUACAACGGUCAGUAGCAAGUCAUUAUUGCGGUCAAUCAGGUGGAACUGGAGGUCAUUAUUCUUAAAAUAAUAACCUCCUUUUCUGUCUCAAUGACCCUCACUGAUUUUCAUACAUAUGUUUUAUUGCUUUUAAUUACACUACAACAAUCACAUUUAUUACAAUGUUUCUUCAGGUACCUCACUAUUACUCAUUUAUGAUUCAACAAUGUUUACAAGCUUUUUUCCAAUUAUAAUGUUACAAUUUCCUCCACAAAUAUUUGAAACAAUUGACCCAAUAGCAUUUGGAUUUUCCUGGAUCACUAAGCUAUCUUCCUUUUCCUUACUUUUACAACAUUCGACACCUUGAACUAUUUUUGACACUUCAACAUGUUGCUUAUCAGUUUCUUGUUUAUAGCUAUUCAGAGCUUCUGAUCUAUGCCUGGUAACACCUCUAAUUAAUUUGUCGUCUACACCUUCCUGAAAUAAUCUGGAGACAGUAGUCGCUCGCAAGGAAUGAUUUGUAAAAUAACCUUUUACACUUGCCUUACUCAUCAUGCAUUUGAUCAUAGAAUUCAGCUUAUUGUGACCUAAAGGCAUCCCUGAAAACCGACUGAACAUCUGCAACAUUCAUGCAUUCGAAGCCCUCAAAAUAAAAAUUAUUCAUAGUUUACCAUACGAAGAACGCAAAAUACUGAAGUGAUUUCACUGUUGAACUUGUAAUACACUAAAAUACAAUCAACUCAAUUUGCAUUAAGAAUUCUUUGUUCUAAAACAAUGAAAAUAUGCAUUAAAUUGGGUAAUGCACGAACUCCGAGCUCGGCCUUCUUAAAUACAAUGACCUUGCGCUUCUCGCUCGGUCAUUAUUUUUAAGAAGGCCUCGGAGCUCAUGCAUUAUCCUAUAUAUAGAAGAGUGGACUAAAAUGAAGAGUAUCGACUAAAAGCUCAAAUAUAAUAAUAUAUCAUUAAGUUUUGUACUGGUGCUCAUACAAUUGUCAAAAAUGCACAUGAAAGCACCAAUAUGCUAUAUGUACUGUUCAGCAGUAAUUUGUGUGAAAGUAUCCAAAAUAUUGCUGCAUAAAUAUAUCUGAAGUGUCACACUUUUGCUCUUAAACUCUCAAGAAAAUAUUUGAAAUGGCUGCCCAAAGGAGUGAUAAAUUUGGAAAUGAUAAAAAUAUGGCUUUUCUAAGAAGUGCUGAAUUGUGAAGACAAUUUUGGGGAUCUCUGGCAAGAGUUUAUAUUCAAAUGAGUUUAAUAAAUUUAAUAGAAAAGUGCUGCGACUCAAAUGGCGGAUUAAAAGUGGAUCAGAACAAGCUUAAAGCUUCCGGUUUGAUUAGCUAAGAGAAAGGCGGACGUCUGCGAAGACGUCACAUGUGCCAAGGAAGGUUAUUAAAGUCUAUGACUCAUUGCUUAACUAGUUCGCCCCACAACAGCAUUAGCCAAUGAGAUAGUGUUUUCUUUAAUUUAUUUGUCUACGUGUGAAGUAUAUAAGCUGAAAUUCAUUUCAGUAGCGUCAUUCGAAAUUUCGAAACAUUCGCAAUGUCAGGAAGAAGCACAGUAUGGAUUUUUUUCAAAAUCACAGAAGAGGUGAGAGACAGUGCUGUCUGUCAAGUUUGCUCGCAGGCCAUCAAGAAGAGGAUGAGCAAUACAUCGAACCUGCUGAGGCAUCUUCCGAAAAAACAUCCAGUUCAGUACGCCACUAUCAAUCCGAAAAAGAGCAACACUGGUUCAUGUGUUUCCGGAGAGAAAACAUCGGUACGGCAGACAUCGGUAUAGCCAUCAGACAAUUACCGAUGCAAUUACACACUUUUUGUUCAAAAACAACAUUCCUUUCAACACUGUCAACAGACCCGGUUUUCAGCAUUUACUGAAUGUCUUGGAGCCACGAUACCAAGUUCCCAACAAGACCACGAGAGAAUCCGUGAUGGCAGGUUUGAACGACAUCGAAUUUUUUCCUUUCACGGCAGACAUGUGGUCUUCCCAUGGCCUCACUCCUUACAUGGGACUCACGCUGCACUGGGUAGAUAGCGAGUGAAAUUAAGAAGCAGACAUCUUGGCAUUAUUAUAACAUUGCCCAUAGUAUGAAUGAUAUGUUGUUGCACUGGAAGUUGGAUGAAUUAAAUCAAGUCGCCAUCACUACAGACAACGGAGCAAAUAUUAAAAAAGCCUGCAGAGAUAAUAACUGGUUGAACGUUCCAUGUUUCGGUCACAAUCUUCAUCUGGCAAUAACAAAUACCUUGUCAAAAAAAACGAGAGUAAGUCAUGCACUGGGCAUUUGCAAGAAAGUUGUUGCUGCAUUUGGAACAAGUUGGAAGAGACGCAGAAAUCUAGAAGCUGCACAAGUUCAAGAAGAACCUGGAAAAAAAGUAAAGAAAUUGGCAUUGGUAAGUUUGUCUUUGUCAUAAUAACAGGUUGUACACGAUUUGCGUACUACAGUUUUAACAAUGUUGCCAUGACAGGCAUGACUUACCAGUUACCACAAAACAUGGUAACAUUACAUGUUUGACGUUUUCUUUAUAGGAAUGUCCAACACAAUGGGGCUCCACCCUCCACAUGAUCAGCUGUGUUUUGGCGAAUAAGAAGGCGAUUAGAAGGGUCCUGGGAAACGAUAAAGAUACAUCCCACCUAGUACCAUCAUGGCAAGAUCUCGAGGUUUUGGAGUGUAUCGACAACACACUGUCUCCUCUGAAGGCAUUUACCGAUAUCUUGUCAGCAAGCAUGUGACUAUCAGUGCGCUGAAGCCUAUUCUCCACCGAUUGUCUACCGUCGAAUUGGCCGGCCAAGAUAGUGACCCCCCGUUAGCAUGUCAACUGAAAUGAGAAAUUCUGCGCCGUUUAAAGUCAAGAUAUGUGGCAGAAGAUCUGAAAGUUUUGAUGGAUGUGACCUCAUUCAUUGACCCGAGAUACAUCACAGAUUUCCUCACAACAACAGACGAAGCUGAGCAGUCAGAACUUAACGUGGUUCAAGAGAGACUCCUUGAGCAAGCUGUUUUCUUCAACACAAAGAAGCGAUGA